UUCAUUUGCAAAGUGGUAGUAAUCCAACAGCCUGCUUUCUUGGGUGCCUUCUGACUCGAGAGUGUGCAGUGUUUGGUGGGAUCAGUAGAGCAGGGUCUGCCCUUGUAAAUGUGAGGAGCUUUUUGGGAGUUCAUAGUCUAAAGUCUUCACUGGGCUUUUUAUGGCUUGUCAGUUUCAGUUAGUAAACAACAUCAUGUAAUUCCUGGGGAGCAGUGGGUAUUAAGGGUGAAUUUCAUUACACCGUUGGGGAUUCAGAAACGAGUAUCUCUGAGGUAUAUAGGAACGGAAUUGGAUGAAAAUCCAGAGUUGAAGAUCAAAAAUUGCUGAAUUCAGUUGCUUUUUACCUUAGGAAGCAUUAUCCAGUUCUAUAUCAUGCAUAUUCCUGAAUUUCCAUUCAGUAUUUGGGGUGAUACUUCAGGAUAACUUUCUUCCUUAUCACUUCUGUUUCCAUUUCCCCAGGAUUUGUGUCACUACCAAUGGAGGCUCUCUCUCCACCCACGGGAGACUUGCCAUACAUCUUCCAGUCGUCAAGCAGUGCUAAUGAAAGAAACCACAGCAGCAUCAAUAUCCCAGUACGAGGAAGUGUACCAGAAAGCAGCUUAAACCAGAACAUUGCUGAACUAUACUCCAAUAUCCCCGAGUUCUCACAUGAGGACUAUGCACUGUGCCAAGGCCAAGGUCCUUACUCCCACAUUAACCAGAUCUUGAAGGAGGCCCAUUUCUACAGCCUACAGCAGAGAGGACAAUCACCGACGUGA